UGGAUGUAUGAUAAUAAUAAUGAAACUAUGGAACUAAAUGCCAAGACAUCUAGAUUUAGUUCCGAUAGCUUCGUUUACUGAACAUUUUGUUUGAACUAUUUUGUUACGGAACGGCAAAACUCAAGUUUGUGAUUGAUUUUAUUUUGUAACAAGAGGAGUCGAAAUAAAGAUGUCUUUGGUUACAAAAAUUUUCUCGGGUUUUGUACCGCAAAAGCUUACGAGUGUGCUGAUAAACAAUAUCAGCCGUCACCAAAAUGCCCGGAAUUUUCACAUGAUGUUAAAACCUCUACCUUCAAUAUGUUCGAAUGUGUCAAAAACUCCGAUGGCUCUAGAAGCAACAUCGCCAACAUCUUUAAUUACUGGAAUGCAACGUUUGUUGACUCCAGUCUCAACAAUCUUAAAUCAAGUGGCUGGUUUUAAGGUUAAAGGACGACUAAAGAGACGUUGCAAGGAUUGUUACUUUGUUAUCCGCCAACAGCGUCAUUAUGUCAUUUGUCCAACCCACCCGAGACAUAAACAAAUGUCAAUGAAGAAACGUGAUUAUAAAUCCUGGAUUCUCACUCACGCUACACAAUCUAAAGUAAGGCCAUAUUAGAAUUUGACUUGUUAUGCUAUGAAUAAAAUGUAAAAAUACUAAAAUGUGCAAA